AAUUUUUUUACUGAAACUUGAAUAAACAGGACAGGACUGAUCGAGUAGAAGAAUGAAUAGAAAAUUCCUCCAAUCACAAGCGCCCAACUCCCUGAAUUUUACAAUUCCAAACCAACCCUUUAUCCUGACGCAAUCUCUCCAAGUCUUCUCUCACUUACACCUUUUUCGUUCAAUUUUUUAAUUUGUGAUUAUUUUAUUUUUUAUAAAGAAUUUUAGGGUUCUUUAUUUUUUUUUUAUAAUCUUCUUCAAAUUUGUUAUGAGUUAAAAAGAACAAUGCCAAACUCAAACCACCACGCUUCAAUGUACCCUUGCGGGCCCAUGAUUUCUCACCAAGAAGAAGAUGAUGAUGCCAAUGGAGAGGAAUCCAUUGAUAAUCCUCCCCAGAUUCACUACCAAAACGACACCGUCGUCUCGGUUAUGAAUGGCGGUGUUCAAAAUAUUGUUCCUCUCUCAAACGGUUCUUUUGUGCCGGGCUCCGACUUCCUUGCUGUUCCUGCUGGUUAUAGCGCUUGUGAUCAGCUUACGCUGUCGUUUCAAGGCGAGGUUUAUGUAUUCGACGCCGUUUCCCCUGAUAAGGUCCAGGCAGUGUUGUUACUUUUGGGCGGAUGUGAAAUCCCUUCCGCCAUUCCUGCCCUGGGGACAGUCCCAGUUAAUCAAAAGGACAUGGGUGACUUUUCUGCACGAUCAAUUCAACCACAGAGAGUUGCAUCUUUAAACCGAUUCCGAGAGAAAAGAAAAGAAAGAUGUUUUGAUAAGAAAAUUCGAUACAGUGUGCGGAAAGAAGUAGCACUUAGGAUGCAGCGCAAGAAGGGCCAGUUUAUAUCCUCCAAAGCCAGUUCUGAUGAACUGGGUUCAGCUUCAUCGGGUUGGAAUGGAGCUGGUUCAGGAACAGAUGAAAGUGCACAGGAAAUUUCAUGUACUCACUGUGGAAUCGGUUCCAAGUCAACUCCAAUGAUGCGUCGUGGGCCUGCUGGUCCAAGGUCUCUCUGUAAUGCAUGUGGGCUCAAGUGGGCUAACAAGGGAGUUUUAAGAGAUAUCUCCAGGAACCCAGUGACUGGUGUCCAAGAUCCUUCUGCAAAGACAACUGAACAGAGUGAUGGCGAAGCUAAUGACUCAGAUGCCGUGACCACAGCUACUGACAUGACGGCUGCUGCUAAUAAUGAAAACUCAGCUAUGCCUGCUGAGCAGUGAAGAGCAAGCAGUGAGUGACAUACCUUGUGGCUCUUUUGGAACACAAGUAAAAUAGAUCUGAAAACCAUAUCUGUGUAAUAAGUUCCCAUCACAGUUCAGCUGCUGUAUAUAAUUCGCUGCUUUAUGUUAUUAUACAAAAUGUAUUAUAUAAUUAUGUUGUUGAGGAUGACUUGAAAAUUUUCA